AUGCCUUCCUUGAUGGAUCUCCCCCAGGAGAUCCGUGCCAUGAUCUUCGAAGAGGUAAUCAACGGCCAUCGAAUCCCACCCAAAUACCCAUCCGAAUCGAACAUGUUGCGUGCUUCGGACGUACCUCGCACAUUGCCUAUGGAGUUAUAUCACGAGAAGCGUGAUACACACAGCCUAUCGAACUGUCUCUCUCUGCUCCUGACAAAUCGUCAAGUCUCGGUGGAAACCCAAUCGGUCCUCAAUCGAAUGAAGAAAACCACCUACAUUCUUGACCUUUCGGUUCUAAAUGAAAUGCAUAUGUUUUCAACCUGGAUUUCAGUCCCACGGCUUACGACCCGUCUCUCUACGCUGCACAUAGACAUGCGCUUCUUUGGACGCAUCGUCACCAGUAAAGAGGCGCUUUAUUCUGGAAGCACUACCUUCUCUCUCAAUCACUGUUUUUACCGCUACUUGGACCGAUUCUUGACAUAUGGACCAGUGGGUAGGAAAGAUGGCCGUGAAGACUCCUAUGAGGAUGAGGACCGUGGAAUCAUCGUUGAAAACCUCGUCCUCGACUUUCACUCAGCGGAGACGGAACUACCAUUUCCCCCUGGUCACAUGAGUUAUGAAGAUUGGGAGGCCAAGCGUUGUGGCAACCCCAGGUGUGACGAUGAACAGAUGGAUGAGGUUCUGAAGUACAAAACACGUCCACAGUGGCCUUUGUCUGCAAUGAGACUUUGGUUGGCAUUUAUAACUAAAAUGGGCUACGGAGUUGAAGAUUAUGGGUCAAUUUUAUAUGAGAGUAUUGGUACCAUCUCCCUGCUUCUGAAUGGACGGUUGGAGACUGCUUUUGAUCUUGCGGAUCAAUUGGCAGAGGUCCCCAAUGAGAUGUACGAUCGGUAUUCGAACUUUAAUGUUCCUAAGUUUCAGAAGUGGAGAGAAAGGACGCUUUCAAGAAGAGAAGCGGUCGGACUUCGUACUGUGCAGCCACGGGACCUCUGGUCUAGGUAA